GCGUUCUCAACUUUAGUUCUUAGCGAGAGGCCAACGCGUUCGGUCGUCUUCGGUGCGUGGUCUUUAACACAAAAAGCAGCUGGAAUCGAAGUUAUUCGAAAACCCAUCCACAUCAACAUCAACAACAGCGGCAGCAGCUGAAACUGAAACUCUUCAGAACAAUUGCAGCUGCAGAGGUAUCUGUAACGCAGUAUCUGUGCGCAUCGCGUGUAUCUUUGUAUCGCAGUAUCUUAGUAUCUCAGUAUCUUUGUAUCUACGUAUCUGUGUGUGCUGUGUGCUUGUGCCCGUGCGUGUUGGCCAAACUGGAAGCGACAACCUAAUCAAUCAGUCACUCAAUAUGGCCAUUUCUAAGAGCCGCCGCGGCAGCUGCUCCUCCUCAAGGAACACAAACAGGCUGCUGCCACCCAGCCCUCUGGAUCUUCACCUGGGACGUCUGCUUUUCCUGGCUCUGCUGGCUUCGUGCUCGGCUCUGGCAAUCGAGACAACAGAAGUCCCAGAAGUCAUAGAAGACACCACGAUACUUCCAGUUCAGAUCGAAGAAAGUUUACCCACUCAGAUUUCAACAAAUCAAAAUGAAACAAUUUCUGAGCAUACUGUAGAGAAUCCCAAGGCGGAUAUACCUGAUCCUGCUGUUUUCGCCCAGUCCAGUGCAGCUGAAGUGCAGGAUAGCUUUGUGUCUGUCUAUGGCGGUAACCUGGAACAGGAUAUCAAAAACGACGUCAACAUUGAGGUGGAGGAGGCACCCUCUCCAGCGGAAACACUAAAGGAAACUGCUUCAAAGGUGGCAGAGGUUGCAGUCGUGGAAACUGACAAUCAUGAGACUCAAUCUGCCGUCCAAAAUGCACGUGAACCCAAAACUCUGGAGACCCAGGACGAGGAGGGAAAGCCUGCGCCGGAGGACCAAGCGGAACCGGAGGCAGUGACGGACAACAUUGCCGUGGCCAGUGAGCAAGUGGAAAGUCGGAGCAGCAGCAGGCCAUUGCCCAAGGAGACCAGUGACCUGGUCUCUGUGAUCCUCAACGAAGAUCGAGCCAUCACCGAACAGCCCAUAACUAAGACCAAUCUUCUGGCCUUGGAGCAAGAGCACAAGGCUGUCACGAGUGAGGAUAUCGGCACUCCAGAACCCACUUACGAAGAGCCCAAGCACCAGGUGACCAAAAAACAGGGUGUGGAGGAUCUGCUGCCUAUUGAAGUGGCUCCUGAAGUAGUGGACGAGCCAGAAACUGCCCGCGAGGAACGCCAGUUCGAGGAGCCCAAUUCGAACCUGAAUGAGAUCGAUGGUAGCAACUCAGAGGAUGAAAAGGCGAUUCCCACCACUUUCUUCAAGUCUGCUGGUGAGCUUCAAGAACAGAUUGAAAAGAAGUCCGAGGAGGAGGCCAAGGCGGAAAUAGAGAAGGAAUUGGAAGGCACAGCUCCACCACAGGAGACAGUUGUGGAGGCUGCAGACUCUGAGGAUUCACAACCUGGCGAGGAGGAGGUUGUUCUUGGAACCACAGAGAAGAGUGUUUCUGAAGAGACAAACCCAAUAAAAGAGGAACAAAAGGAAGAUGAAGACAAGGAAGAGGAGAUCAAGGAAAAAGAGCUCAAGGAAGAGCAGAUCAAGGAAGCGGAAUUCAAAGAAGAGGUGCUAAAUAAAGAGGAGCCUAAGGAAGACCAGCUCAAGGAAGACCAGCUCAAAGAAGAGGAACCUAAGGAGAAGGAACCCGAAGUAGAGAAACCCAAAGACGAGCAGCUGAAAGAAGAGGAACUGAAGGAAGUGGAAACUAAGGAAGAGGAGCCACAGGAAGAAGUUACCAUUCAUCAAAUUGACUCUGAAGAGCCCAUCAUUCUAGCAAGUCCCAGCUCCACUCAGAAACCAGUGGAGGAGAAUGUACCACUAAAACCUGACGGGGAAUCUGUUGAGGAUAAGGACGAAGAACCGAAAUCUCUCGAGGAUAAGGAGAAAGAUCCAGAAUCAUUGGAGCACAAGGAAGACAAAGACGAGUCCAACUCAGACUCCUCGGAGGAGACACAGGAGCCUGCUGCGGAUGAAGCCAAGCCGUCCUCCUCCGAUGACAGUACAGCCACUCCGCUAGUCUCCUAUCCCCCUCAUGAUGCGGGCCAGACUUUCGAUAGCAACUCGGCGGACGAGCACUCUGCCCAACUCUCGGGUCCCUCAAACUAUAGGUCAACCUUGAUCAUCGCCCUGUGCUCCGGCACCGCGGUGAUCUUCAUCGUGGCCUCCCUGGUCAUCUUUGUGGUCUCCUUCCAGCGACAGCACGGCACACUGGACAUUGAGAUGCAGGAGCAGCGCCUGGGCAAGGACGAUCGCGACGAGGAGGAUGCCCAGGUGAAACUUCUCGAAGUGGACCUAUCGACGCCCGUCAUUGUGUCGCUGGGCAACGAGGAGACCGACGAAUGCCUGUAGGCUCUCUCUCAGCACUGAAAAGAGGAUUACCUUGGAGAUCCUUGGGGGUCCUUUGGACCUCCUUGACCCCCGGUGCACUGUAAAUAGCUAUUGACCCUGAUAUUUCGACAAAGACUUGUUCACUUUGGUAUCUAAAUUGUUGACUGAGAGCAGCUGCAAGCAAAUCGAACGAAAAUCGAAUCGAAACGACAUCAUUUGCCAUACUGUUUAAUUUUAAACGCACUCUAGCCCCUAAGAUUUGCAAAUGCUCCACAAAUAUUUAUGUUUAGACAUUUUCAUUAGAGUUAGGAACCUUUUUCAUUGUGUCUGAUAAGAAGUCAGAAUAAAUAUUUUCAAAUGGUAAAAA